AUCAACCAACGGGCUGUUCCCUGUUCACCUGACUUUGCAUUUGCAAACUUCCUCUCGAAUCCCACCACAGUGCGAGACUGGAAUAUCCAGGGCCUGCCAACAGAUGCCUUCUCCACUGAGAAUGGAGUCAUUGUAACCAGAGGCAACAGGUGGCCUCUGAUGGUGGACCCCCAAGGUCAGGCUCUGAAGUGGAUCAAGAACAUGGAGUCUUCUCAGACCUUCUUAAGUUCAAGCAGAAAAUAAAGAAAUGAAGCUGAAAGUUCAAACACCUUGUGCGAUAUAAACCCAUUGGGA